AAUCCAUCUCUAUGCCCCCUAGGCCCUCAGCUCUCUCCCAGGCCCAUCGUACUGUACUCUCCAGCUGUGACCUGUGGCUGUGUUAUGGUUUUCGAGCUAAUCUGCUUCUGCUGGAUUUCGCUACAUUUUUCUUAAACUAAAUAAACUACUGUAAACUUCGUAUGUUUCUUUCAGCACAAGAUUUACGCACUUGUUCUUCUGACCCAGGUUGAAAAUGGCUGAAAAAAGUAAAACAUCCUCUUCGUCAACCCAAGAUGACUCUGUAUCGAGACCAGACGUCCCAAUCCACAAGCCAAGAGAUUCUCUUUUGAGUCAUUCAAGUGGUUUUAACAAUUACAGGGGAUUUCUCAAUCUAUGCAUAGUCUUAUUGGGUAUGUCUACCAGUAGACUGGUCCUUGAGAAUCUGAUCAAAUAUGGCAUUAUUAUGGACCCUAUCAUGUGGGUCAGUAUAUUCCUGCAAGAUCCGUAUAGCUGGCCAAACCUCACUCUCCUUAUAAUUCUAAAUGGCUUCAUAUUAUAUGCUUUUUGGCUUGAAAAACUGAUAUCCAAGAAAGCCAUCAAUGAGAGAACAAUGACAGUAUUGGUGACGCUGAAUGUCAUGACCGUAUUUGUCUUCCCAGUGGUCGUUAUUGUCUAUUAUAAGCCAAACCCAGUUGGUUCAUUUGUCAGCCUGGGUACUUACUCCAUUGUGUUUCUGAAGCUCAUCUCUUACGCUGCUGUCAAUAAAUGGUGUCGAGAUGCGCAAUCCAGCGUCAGCAGGAAGACCAAAAAGAAUAUCACCAAUGGUGACAGUUCCCUUUCAAGGAAUUCACCCAGAAGGCACUCGACCCCACAGCCCAGGAAGAGGGUUUCUAACAGACGUAUUAGUGAAGGAUCAAAUUUGGAUGCAAAUGGGGAACAAACAGAGCAGCUUGUAGAAUAUCCAGAUAAUCUCACACUUCACGAUAUGUGUUAUUUCAUGAUGGUGCCCACCCUUUGUUAUGAGCUGAACUUCCCACGCACUAAGAGGAUACGUAAGAGAUUUCUCAUACGCAGAGCCAUUGAAUUGGUUUUCCUUGUUCAACUUUGUUUGUGUCUUGUCCAACAGUGGAUUGUACCUACAGUAUUAAAUGCCUUGGCUCCAUUUACGAGUCUGGAUACAAAAAGGAUGUUAGAAAGAGUAUUGAAGUUAGCAGUUCCAAAUCACAUAUGUUGGUUGAUAUUCUUCUAUUCAUUCUUCCAUUCUUGGCUCAAUGUUCUGGGAGAGGUUACUAAAUUUGCAGACAGAAAUUUCUAUCAGGAUUGGUGGAAUGCAGAAACCAUAGCAUAUUUUUGGAAGAAUUGGAAUAUUCCAGUUCAUAAGUGGUGCUUAAGACAUAUUUACAUUCCACUUCGAUCAAAGGGUAUUGACCAGCAGAAAGCUCAAAUGAUAGUAUUCUUAGUUUCAGCUAUAUUUCAUGAGUAUUUGGUGAGCAUCCCACUACAGAUGUUCAGAUUAUGGGCAUUCUGGGGUAUGAUGGCACAGCUUCCACUUGCAAAAUUAACAUCAAAUGUCAAAGGCCAUUGGGGCAACAUCCUAGUGUGGUUAUCUCUAAUCAUCGGCCAGCCUGUAGCUCUUCUAAUGUACUUCCAUGACUAUUACGUCAUGCAUGCUGCCACCAAUUUAAAUAGUACAUCAACUACACCCUGAGAAUAAGAUUAAUUUUGAUUGUUCAUAUGAAGAAAAAAAUUACUGCCAGGUAAAUAAAUUAAUAACUGAUUUUUGUUCAUCAAUUAAAAACAAAUUACAAGUGAUUUCGUAAUAUGUACAUUAAUAACAACCUUAUUUUCUAGCACAUUUUCAACUAAUUAUGUCAAUGAAUUGAUUUGUUGUUCAGCUAUGCACUAAUUAUUGAGGUUUGAUGAUCAGGUAUUGAAAUAAAAUCAGUGAAAUAGUAAUUCAAAUUUCAUUUAAAUAUGUAAAUUAAUAAGAAAUGUGAGAAAAAUAUUUCAUUCAUUUUAUAUCUUUCCUUCUUGGACAACUAUUUGCAUAAUGCUAAAAGAUUUCCUUGACAAAAAAAAUAUUUUUGUAUCACAUAUUUUCAUAAAUACUUGUGUAUGUUAUUUUGCUUAAACCUUUAUUAUUUGAUAUAGGUACAUCAUUCAAUUAUUUACAGGUUGUGUGAAAUCUUAAAUUGUGUAUUAAUUCUGGUCUUACCAGUCAAACGACAAAGGGCUCUUGAUGUAUUGAUCAAAAUCGUACCAAAAAUUUGACUGAACACCCUUUUUCGUAAUUCAGGUCGAUUGUUAUAUGUCUUGCUUUGAAUUGAGAGUUACAUUGUCUGUAAUCAUGCUGGGUUCUUUUUCUUAAAAUUUCCCAAGUGGUUUAAAUAUAAAUAAAAGUGACUCAUUACAGAUAAUUUAACUUUAUUGUAAUUUGUAUAUUAUGUAAUUAUCACAUGUAUUAUGAUGAAAGAUGAAUUAUACUAGAUGAACAUAUUUCUUUUCAUAUCAAUCUCAGCUCUAUGUGCAUAUAUGCCGUAUGAAAGAAAAUUUGAAACACAUGGCAAAAUAUUUUCUUCAGUACUGUAUAAACUUUGAUGGAAUUUUAUUUUUACAAACUAAUUUGUUUUGUAAUUAAUUUGAUAUUUAAUUAAGUAGUUUUAUUCUGUUGUAUUUAAAAUUUGUUGGAAUUGUAUUUUCACAUUGUAAUUUGUUAUUUAAUUAAUUUGGUAUUUAAUUAAGUAGUUGUGCUCUGUAGUAUGUAAGCUGAUAUACCGUAGCCACUUUGUACUGCGCCAGCUGUAGACAAAUAUCACUAACAGGGUUCCCAGACACUUACCCAGGGUGCAACAUCUGAUAGAUUAUGAUGAUAAAGGUUGAUUAUUUUCUACUUCUCAUUGAUAUUACAACAUUUUGCAAGAAAUAACCUAUUACAGUAUGCUUCCUAGUUUUCAGGAAAGAUCAAAUGGGCUAUUCCACGGUUACUCACGUUACAUUUGGAGAUACCUUGACUCAUACUUGGAGCUGUAACUCCAUUAUUAUUGAUAGGAACUAAACAUCUCUUUAUCACAACAUAGUACGCAGUCUGACUAUCUUUUGUAUUAAACCAAAACUUGGGAAAUUUCAUUAUGCUUCUGGCAAAUCUUUGAAAUGUGUCGGUUACUCAUGUUACAUGAUUUGGACAUGCAUAAAAUGAAAAGUGGACAUAAGUGAAGUGUCCUCAUGCAAGGCUUUUAUGAAAGUUGAUUAUAUCCAUUUCAAAGAAGUAUAUUAGGGAGACUAAUUUGUAUAUAAUUAAAAAAAUAAAGAACACAUGGUUUUUACUAGGGGUACAGAUAAAGUGGUUACUCACGUUAUGGUUCAGAUGGGCUAUAUGUACAAAGACACAUUGAGCUCAUGUCCACCAACCUAUGGAAUUGCCCAAAUUAAUAUUUUUUUAAUCCCAAAAUUUCACCAUAUAUAUCUGAUUGAAAGGGUCUAGGUAUUGAGACUACCCUAAAUCUCAUGGCCCUAUGUCAUCAUGAGCCCCAUGGAGUUCAGUUCCCCUUUAAGGGUUGUGUAUAUGAAACAUGCUGAAUGAUUCAGUGAUCCAGGAGCCAUUUCAUAAAGCUGUUCAUAUAAAGUUAUGAAUGACUGUAC